UCUGGGUCGCUGCAGGAUGUCUGGGAGCCAGUGAGCUUUGCACACAAGACAGCGCUUCCUCUUCAGAGUUGUCGUCCCACAACCAGCUGGUUUUUGUCUUGUUCUGUUUGAUCCCAUCCGAUUGUGGUUUGAGAUUUAACGCUUUACACGAGGUAUCUACGUAAUACACUGUUAUGGUACUGCACUGCUGUACUAAGGCCCCAAUAACCACACUGGUGAAGUGAUAUACUGUUGCCAUCAUCUGCUCAUGCAUUAUCCAUUGCGCACCGCAUUCUAACAUUUCGUGGGUCUGAUCUGAUUUCCUGAUACAAGAUACCAUGGGAGGAGCUGUCAGUGCUGGUGAAGACAAUGAUGAUUUAAUUGACAACUUAAAGGAGGCCCAGUACAUUCGUACUGAGAGAGUGGAACAAGCCUUCAGGGCCAUCGAUCGUGCAGAUUAUUAUUUGGAGGGAUAUAGGGACAAUGCUUAUAAGGAUUUGGCUUGGAAGCAUGGCAACAUACACCUGUCAGCACCUUGUAUCUACUCUGAAGUUAUGGAAGCACUAAGACUUCAGCCAGGAUUGUCAUUCCUGAACCUUGGCAGUGGAACUGGCUAUUUGAGUACAAUGGUGGGCUUAAUUUUAGGUCCUUUUGGGAUAAACCAUGGAGUUGAGAUUCAUGCAGAUGUGGUAGAUUAUGCCAGAGAAAAGUUGGAUAAUUUUAUUAAAAAAAGUGACAGCUUUGAUAAGUUUGAAUUCUGUGAGCCAGUCUUUGUGGUUGGGAACUGCAUAGAUGUCUUGUCAGACAAUCUUCAAUAUGAUCGUGUUUAUUGUGGAGCUGGAGUCCAAAAAGAUCAUGAGAAUUACAUGAAAAUCUUCCUGAAAGUUGGUGGAAUUCUUGUUAUGCCUAUGGAAGAUCAGCUUACCCAGAUAAUACGCACAGGACAAAACACAUGGGAAACUAAAAACAUAUUGGCGGUUUCAUUCGCUCCUCUUAUCCAACCAAAUCGUUCUGACUGCUUCAAGUCAGAGAAUGUAAAGCUGCCACCGGUAACUGUAAGAUGCCUGCAGGACUUGGCAAGAAUUUACAUUCGUCGCAAUCUUAGAAACUUGAUAAAUCAAGAGUUACAGGCCAAAAGCAGUCUUCAGAAGGUUGCACCUAAACGGAAACGCAAGAAGCUCCGCAGACGUAAAAUUGAUACCUAUGUGUUUGUAGGCAAUCAGUUGAUACCUCAGCCAUUUGACAGUGAUGAAGAUGACAAAAUGGAAGAAGAGAAUAGAGAGGAGGAAGAAAAAGAGUUAAAUGAAGGCCUCAAACAAGAAGAAGUUCCUCCAAAUUUGCUUCGGGAGAGAAUUCUGAGUUUGCCACUACCAGAAUCUUUGAAAGCCUACCUAACAUUUUAUAGACAAAAGUAGCACUGAACAAAAAUAAUCUUAAGUUUUGUCCACUGGUAUGUCUGUUUGAGUUCUCAAAUGUAGCAUUUUUUCAUAUAAUCACUCCAAAAAAGGCAGUUGUUUGAAUAUAAAGAAAAGAUUUCAACAUUAAACAUAUGACAACAUUGAUUUGAUUACUUUUAAUUCAUUGACUAAGGAUAACUUAAUUAUCUUCACUGGCAAAGGCAGUUAAAAUACUGUGUGCAUAUUUAAAAAUUCAAACAGAGUACUUCAGAUUGUACACAUUUGUCCGAGAGUAACAUUUUUGAGAAGGUGAAGGAUUUCAUAUUUUCUAAGAUGAACUGAAAAGUAUGUUAUUUUUAAAGUUGCAUAACGUUUUAAACAUUUAAAUGGUGAGUAUCAUUCAAUAUAACUAGAUUGAUCAGAUUUGCAGGUUUACUUAAUAUUAACAUUUCCCUUUGUUCAUCAAGUAUAUGCAACGUACCAUAAAUAACAGACAUAAAGCAAUGUAUUUGUUUAACUUCAAAAUCUCUCAAUCUAAGGAAAGACUUUUCUAUUGCAAUGCAAAAAAAACCUGUCCUCUUGGAGCAGCUUGGUUCCAGUAUAUGGAUUUAGCUAUACCAGCAGUUGUUGGUAGUUGUACAACUACUUAACAAUAUUCAUUGCCCACAAGUAAUAUCUGGCAGGUCCUAUAAGUGGUUGUUAAUUACUGGUAUGUUUAGAUUCAAAACCUUGUAUAAUGUGCUUAUAUAGCAAUGCACUUUAGAACUUUCAAAAAUUUAAGUUUGCCAAGACUUUUAAACUUUUUGACAAAAACUUGCUUUGUGACUUAUUAUUUUUGAAUUCUGUUCUUCCAGUGUUAGAACAGUGAAAUGCUGUUAUCUUUGUCACUUUGAAAUUACUUUGGGAUGGUAAAUACCCUUAAACAAUACUCUGGGAUAUUAGGGAUUAUGUAGCAAAUUUGCAAAAAUGUUAAGUAAGGCAGAAUACCAUAGCCACUGAGUUGCUUACUGAAAUAUUUGCUCAUUUGCACCUCUCCUGAUUCCUUAGAUGGUGUUACAGCUCAGGGAGAGGACACAGAGGGAUAUUUUCUUUAUACCAUGUACAGUAGGUUAUUAUGGUAUACCAAGGUGAUUAAUCCAUGGUGGAUUGUGAACUUGGUGAUAAUACUUGGAGUGAUAUUCAGGUAAAUAUUAGACUUUUUGUACAGACAUUGAAAAUUCUUUUUUUCUGCACUGUCAUUUAAUCUAUUAUACAGUAGUUUAAGACAAUAGAUGUAUUUUCAUAGUUAUGUAAUUUUCUGUAACUUUUUGAUCAAGAAAUAUAAAUUCAUGUUUAGAAGUGUUGCUUUUGGUGUUGGAAGUAUGGUUUGUUUCAUUUCAUACAAUUAGUAUUUCUCAGCUGAAUAGCAGUUAUAUGAAAGCUCAAUUUAAAUGAAUAAGUUGCUUCUGUAAACAUUGAUUUGGGGAAAUAUUUUGCAAUAAAAUUGAUAUUCUUGUGUCUUGGUUGUGACAACUUUAUAAUACUUUUUUGAAUGCUCAGAUGUAAAUUAAAGUUUAUCACUGUGGCAAAAAGUGCCAGAAGAAUGGCACCAAUAAAAUGAGCAACUCUAA